GAUCAGCCUCGGCUAUAAGUCAGAAGUUGUGCUGUAACAUUGCGACCCAGGACUAUAAGCACAAGACCAGGACCUCAAGAUGAAGUCUCAGGUGUCACUACAGAGAAUAGAGGCUCCUUAUUCAUGCCCUCUAGUAUGCCCAGAUCUUCCUCUUAAUAUUAUUGAGGAAAUUCUCCUGAACCUCCCGGCCCAGCAGGUGAUUUGUGUGUGUCGUCUGGUGUGUAACGAGUGGAAGUCAGUGGUGGACAGCACUGCGUUUUGGAAAGAGCGAUGCCGUAGGGAAGGAUUCAAGCCUCUUAAUAUGCAAAGAAUCCCAAGAGAUUGGCAAACCUUUUAUAUUCUAUGCAAGAAGCGUCAUAAUCUGCUGAAAAACCCCAAUGCAAAUGAGAAUUUUUCUGGCUGGACCAUCUUGGAAGAUGGAGGCGAUCGGUGGACGGUAGACCGUUUGUACUCGCCUCAUCCGGAUGAAACUGUAACAAAAUGCUUUGUUACUUCUUAUGGGCGAUGCAUAAAGAGUCAGCUGAUAGACCUUGAGAAAGAAGGAUACAGUCCUGCGUUUAUGGAUGAAAUUCAGCCGGAUAUUGUAAUUACAGACUGGUAUGCGCCACGAUGGGACUGUGGCAGUUUGUAUGAAAUUAAUGUUGAGUUACUUGAUCACAAGAAGCAGAUAAUCCAGUUAUUUCAACCUGAACGAGUCAUUUUUCCACAAUGGAAUGAUCAGAAGUGGGAGAAGAUGACACAUGCAUUUAAGGACUACGGACCUGGUGUUCGAUUCAUUCUUUUUAAACAUGGAGGGAGAGACACACAGUACUGGGCUGGACAUUAUGGAAUACGGGUUACAAACAGUAGCGUAGAAAUCUUUCCCUCAGCUGAAGCCGAUAUAGUUCACAUUGAUAAUUAAUGGAAAAUUUUUCAGGUCUUUGUAAUGUAUGAUUAUGGUGUAAUGAUGAAUAUUUAUGUAUCAAGCUUAUCUUGUUUACUAAUUUAUAAAUUAUCUGUAUAUGUCCUGCUGUGUAAAUUAAAAAUGUGAAAAAUUAUGGAAAGAAAAAAAGACUGAGAAUAUUGCCUGAGAUCUUACCAAAAAGGAGAAUAAUUAUCUCGUUUGCCUUAUAUUUUGUACUUAAAUCUGUAAUUUGCUUUGGUGAAUCAAAACCCAUUAUUAUUGUUUUGCUUUCAGUGUGAAAGAAGCAAAGGGUCCAUGUUUAUUGACAUUCAACAAUUUUUGAUUUCUAUGCACCAUACUUAAACAUUAAAACUCUUAAAAUCAUAGAGGUGCCUCUGGAAACAUCUAAAGGCACUUUUAACAAAUCUUCGAGUGGGUUUUCAAGUUAGUCUAGUAUAUAGUUGAUAACUGAAGUCUUCUAAUGGAGAGGACCUGAAGCCUCCACAGCAUAUUCUUACGCUUGUGUUUUAACUUUUUUUAUAUUAUGAUUAAAAAAAAAUAGGACAUUGUCCAUAUU